UUAGCUUUAUUCACCCUUUCCACUAUAUAUAUAUAUAUACCUCAUUUCUCCUCGUGCUCUUACACCAAACAAACAAGUUUCCUUUGUUCUUUGCCUAGAACUACAAAAAAUUCACUUCUAAAAACUACAAGAAAACUAUACUACAAGAUCAACAACAAUAACAAUAAGAAAGAUGGGAAGAGCUCCAUGUUGUGACAAGGUUGGACUAAAGAAGGGACCUUGGACUCCUGAAGAAGAUCAAACCUUGAUCUCUUUUAUUCAACAUCAUGGCCAUAGCAAUUGGCGCGCCCUCCCCAAACAAGCUGGAUUAUUGAGAUGUGGGAAGAGUUGUAGAUUGAGAUGGAUAAAUUAUCUGAGGCCGGAUAUUAAAAGGGGAAACUUCUCAACAGAAGAAGAGGAUACCAUUAUUCAACUUCAUGAAAUGCUGGGAAAUAGGUGGUCCGCUAUAGCAGCAAGGCUUCCAGGAAGAACAGAUAAUGAAAUAAAAAAUGUGUGGCACACACACUUGAAGAAGAGGCUCAAAGAAUAUCAACCCACAAAAUCACAUGGAAAAAUGGCUAAAAAAUGUCAUGAUGCCAAUAAUAAAAAGGCCCUCGCCGCCACCACAACCACCACCACCGACGACUCUUCUAGUGGAUACAGCUUCCCGGAAAGCACUAGUGAUCAUAUCGCAACCUCCGGCUCUCCCCAACAAUCAUCAUUAACAAGCGACGACAUGUCUUCAUCAGGCACUGAGGUAUCAAGUAUAGAAGUACCAAGUGACACGAGCUUUAUCAUGGACGUACAAACUUUUGACAAUUGUAUUCAGCAGUUGCCGAAUUUGGACUAUCUUCCCAUCAUAGACGAGACAUUUUGGGAGCCACAAGAUUUAUUACCAUCCGAAUUUGAUAACAUUAUGGAAGAUAAUGAUCAAAUGGUACAAUUUGAGUCAUUUUUUUGUGACGAAGAACAAAAUAAUAAAUUUAGUGCACAAGUAUACGAUAAUAACGUAGGCCCAGUAAAUUAUGGAGAUGCCAAAGAUAACAUGGAUUUUUGGUUAGAUGUUUUUGUCCAAGCAGGUGGGGCCCCAGAAUUGCCAGAAUUUUGAGCAACUUUUUAGGUGCAUAAUCACAUGCAAUGAGGGCGGCGUGAAAAGGAUGGAUAAUGGAGAUUAUUUUACCCCACUAAUUAAGAAAUUAUUAUACUGUUGAUUUUUUUUUUUGUUGGUUAUUUUAUUUUCUUUUUAAAAAUAACCAUAAGAAAAAAUGAAAUUCUUUUUUUUUUUUUUUUUUUUUUUUUUGUAUAGUAGUUUAGAUUUUCUUUAAGGGAACAAAAGUCAAAAGUGUACGCUUGUUUUUUGACCUUUAGAUAAAGAGUUUUGAGAGAUUUAUAAGAAGAUUUCGGACCAAAAA